UGCCAGGCCCAGUCAGCCCCCUCCCGCGGGGACUCCGUCUCUAUUUUGGGGGAAGGGGAGGCUCCACGGAAGCCCCGAGUUAUAAUUAGCCCCACUCGGGUUUCCUAGAUAAUGUCAGCACCACCACCACACCAGCUCAGGGCGCCGGGGCUGGGUGAGGGGUGACCGCCGAGAGAGGGGGGUAGUUCCGACCCGGGGAAUUUUGAUCCCUUGGCUGGAGAUGCCGGAACCGCAGCAGCUGCUGCCCCAAAAUAGCACCCCCGCCCCCUGCAACCGGGGAUCUCCGGAGCUCCGAGAACACAGGCGGCGGGGUUCGCCCUUCAGACCCCUCUGCAAUGUCCACAAGCCCCUAGACCCCCGCCCCAAGUUCUGGGUUCCCUUAACUCGGGGCGGGGAGCGCCGAUAUUUUCUCGGCCUCUACUGCCCCCCGCUGGCGGCAGCGUGCACAGAAGCAUCGGACGAAAGGGGAACUGGGGCCCUGGGGUCCAAGGCUGGCGAACCCGUUCGCUGAGGCUAGGCGACAGGGGUGCGCAACUGAUGGGUACCAGCAUGAUGUGCCAGACAGUGGAUGAGGGCCCCGGCCCUGGCCAACGCAGGAGAGGCUGUACCUUCACGCCACCACCGCAAGAGCCCCCAUCGGAGCCUCCCAUCAUCGAGGGCUCCGCCCCUGUCGGGUGGCCUGUACUGCAGCCUCUGGUGCCCACACAGCUCACACUGGGCCCAACCCAGUCCACCCAUCUGGGGGAAGGAGAGCCACCCGUGGGUCCCCGUCGCUUUCUGCCACCAGAGCCCAAGCAACCCUGGCCAGGGGUGCUAGAUGCCACAGCCUUCCAAAGGGUCUGCUACCAAUAUGUGGACACCUUGUACCCUGGCUUCGAAGGCACUGAGAUGUGGAACCCGAACCGUGAGCUGAGUGAGGACUGCCUCUACCUCAACGUGUGGACACCAUACCCUCGGCCUGAGUCCCUCACCCCUGUUCUUGUCUGGAUCUAUGGGGGUGGCUUCUACAGUGGGGCCUCCUCCCUGGACGUGUACGAUGGCCGCUUCCUGACCCAGGCAGAGGGGACUGUGCUGGUAUCCAUGAACUACCGGGUGGGAGCCUUUGGCUUCCUGGCCCUGCCAGGGAGCCGGGAGGCCCCAGGCAAUGUGGGUCUCCUGGAUCAGAGGCUGGCCCUGCAGUGGGUGCAGGAGAAUGUGGCAGCCUUUGGGGGGGACCCAAUGUCAGUGACUCUGUUUGGGGAAAGUGCAGGUGCUGCCUCUGUGGGCAUGCACCUGCUGUCCCCACCCAGCCGGGGCCUGUUCCACAGGGCUGUGCUGCAGAGCGGUGCACCCAACGGGCCCUGGGCUACGGUGGGCAUGGGAGAGGCCCGCCGCAGGGCCACGCUACUGGCUCGCCUCGUAGGCUGUCCCCCAGGUGGGUCUGGUAGCAAUGACACAGAGUUGGUCACCUGCCUGCGGACACGGCCAGCUCAGGACCUGGUGGACCACGAGUGGCACGUGCUGCCUCAGGAAAGCGUCUUCCGCUUCUCUUUUGUGCCUGUGGUAGACGGAGACUUCCUCAGUGACACACCAGAGGCCCUCAUCAAUGCUGGAGACUUCCAUGGCCUGCAGGUGCUGGUGGGUGUGGUGAAGGAUGAGGGCUCCUAUUUUCUGGUUUACGGGGCCCCAGGCUUCAGCAAAGACAACGAGUCUCUCAUCAGCCGGGCCCAGUUCCUGGCCGGGGUGCGGGUCGGGGUCCCCCAGGCGAGUGACCUGGCUGCCGAGGCUGUGGUCCUGCAUUACACAGACUGGCUGCACCCUGAGGACCCAGCACGCCUGAGGGAGGCUAUGAGUGAUGUGGUGGGCGACCACAAUGUCGUGUGCCCUGUGGCCCAACUGGCUGGGCGACUGGCCGCUCAGGGUGCUCGGGUCUAUGCCUACAUCUUUGAACACCGUGCAUCCACACUCUCCUGGCCCCUCUGGAUGGGGGUGCCCCACGGCUACGAGAUCGAGUUCAUCUUUGGGCUCCCCCUGGAACCCUCGCUCAACUACACCAUCGAGGAGAGAGCCUUUGCCCAGCGACUGAUGAAAUACUGGGCCAACUUCGCCCGCACAGGGGACCCCAAUGACCCCCGGGACUCCAAAGCCCCACAGUGGCCACCAUACACAGGGGUAGCACAGCAGUAUGUGAGCCUCAACCUGCGGCCACUGGAGGUGCGGCGGGGGCUGCGCGCACAGGCCUGCGCCUUCUGGAAUGGCUUCCUACCCAAAUUGCUCAGUGCCACCGACACGUUGGACGAGGCGGAGCGCCAGUGGAAGGCCGAGUUCCACCGCUGGAGCUCCUACAUGGUGCACUGGAAGAACCAAUUUGACCAUUACAGCAAGCAAGAUCGCUGCUCAGACCUGUGACCCAGGCGGGACCUCCACGUCCCACCACCCUACUCGCCCCUCCCGGCCCCUUAGCUGUAUAUACUAUUUAUCUAAGGGCUGGGAUAUUACAGAGGAGUCCUAGACCUGCCCACCCCCGACUUUCCCCUGGGCUCCCGGUCCUCUGCAUGUCUCGGCCGAGCCU